AUGAGCGCAACACGCCCAUUCGCAGUCAUAUUCGUGCUUGGCGCUCCCGGCGCCGGUAAGGGCACCAUCUGCAGCCACCUCGGCGAGACAUAUCAGCUCUCCCACUACUCUGUCGGCGAUGGGCUGCGCAGUUGGAUGCGUGAAAAUCGCACUUCACCGCUCGCCGUGCAAAUUCAGGACAAGCUGGACAAUCAAGGAUUUCUGAGUUCUGACGAUCUGAAUCCGUUCAUCGAGCAGGCCAUCAAGGACGCUCUGACCAAGGAUGGCCCGAAGUUGAGAGGUAUCCUGGUCGAUGGCUUUCCAAGAUGCGUCGAGCAGCUGGAGACUUUCGAUUCGUGGCCGUUUCAGGAUCAAUUGCCGCUCGCGGCGCCCGAUGGAGGAGAUGUAGGCGUGCUCCCAAAGCCAGACAUUGUGGUGUGCUUGCGAGUCACGAAGCAGAAUGCAGAGGCACGGUAUUUGGGUCGUGGGCGUGACAGUAACGAUAGCAGGGAGAAGUUCGAGAGGCGAUUCGCGGAAUACGAGGCCGAGACAAGGGCGGUAGAGGAUGCGUAUCGAGACCGUGGCGUGUUGAUCGAGCUGGAUGUGAACGGCACGAAGGAGGAGAAUCUCGAGCAGAUGAGGAAGACGUUGCAGGCAAGCGGCCUGUGGCAGAGGGCUAUGGUCGAAGGAAGAACGGAGGCAGAAUUUGUGAUUUGAUCCGGGAGAAGUCCCCAAAAGCGUGAAUGAAUGAAGUCUUUGACACGUUCGAGCCUGUCUGCAUGGUACUCUUGGGACUGGGACGAGUAGCCUGCGGAAGCGCGCCUUUCCAAUGCGGCAGAUCCUAAAAUGGAAUGAGAGUGCUCUUGCGCCGAACGAUCUCGACAAAGUGUGCCAUUUCAAGUUUGCGGUCGUCAUAUGCCACUCAGCCUGACCUUAUACAAUUCUCAAGAGUGAUGUAGCCCGAACGCGGUGCAGCCGUGCGGAUUCUGAACUUCGGCCUGAACGUUGCGCUGCGGAAGAUCUCGGCAUCAAUGGCAUUCGCUAACAAGGCGUGGAAAGCGCUG